UUAUUAAUUAUUUAUGGACAAAAUAUAAUUUACAUCAGUCUGUAAUUCAGAUAAUUUUUAGGCCAGCAGAGAAGGCUUUGCAGGCCCUGACGGCCCACCGCUGCAUUUCAUGAUAGAGAUAUACGUAUGCUUUAUACAUGCACAAAUAUGCAUAGAUAUGCAUAUUUGUGAAGUUUUGCUGGGAACCACAAAGUCAUUUAUUUUACAUGCAGUUUCAAUGAAAAGCUUAAAAUAGGAAAUCAUCUUUGUGAAUGAUACAAAUUCUUCCUUUUUUGUGAAAGCUGUUCACAGUCUGUAAAAGGAAAUGUUGGGUGAAAUUUUGAUUUUCAGCUCAAGAGUAACUCAAGAUCAAACCAAAGAUUAACAACAAUGUCCUUAGGGGACCUCUUGUGAGGUCGUAGUUAAAGGAUAGUUACAUAGCUGACUUACAGAUGUAAUUACAAAAACAUGCAACGCCUCGUCUGCUAUUUUUUCAAUCGUCCCAGUAAUUAAGACUGGCUGAAGAUGCUGCUUUUUUCACUAAGAUCAUUAAUGAUGCACUUGUAUGCAGUCUGGAAGGACUGUGCUCGUCCUCAUGGGACCUUUUUGUGCGUUUGCCCUGGAACUCAUGACAGUUUUACAACAUGAGGUUAUGUAUACUUAUUGUUGUUGUUCCCGCAAUCGACCGCUAGAGGGCAACCAUCACUCAACCAUCAAUGCACAGUUAUGGAAACUCAAUGUUAUGAAAAUAUGUUGGUAUCUGAUGUUGCACAAGCUUACAUCUUGUGGUGAUUAUAUGACUUUUCCAGACUAUUUUGUUAUUAUAAUUACAUGUUUUAUUUUGUUUGUUUGUUUUAAUUUAAUAUUUGCAUCAUGCAGCAGAGGGACGCUGCAGAUUCAUCUCCGUGCUGUGGAAAUUCAUCCCUUAAAGCAAACAAAUAAAACCCCAGGAGCCCGCAUGACAAAGGAAGACGUGGGUUGUGUGUGAAGCCAAUGGCAGAGCUGUGUUAGUUUCGGUGCCUCCCUCCAGUCAGGCGCGGUAUAAAUGCAGUUUCGCAACCCGCUUCACAACAAACGCCGCAGACGCGCCUGGAGAGAAACCGCUGGACUGCCGAAGCCCCACAACGACCUCACGCACUGGAAUUACAUUUUUAAUCAUAACAACAGUCAUGAUUCCCGAGGAAAGUUUUGCAUCUAUCGAAAACAGGAUGCAGUCUGCAGGCCUGGCCCUGGUGGAGCUGCUGGUCACGGCCCAGAAGCAAGACUGCCUGACUGUUGGCAUUUAUGAGUCAGCCAAGCUUCUCAAUUCGGAUCCAGACAGUGUGGUCCUGUGUGUUCUGGCAGCGGACGACGAAGACGACGUAGCCCUGCAGAUCCACUUCACGCUCCUGCAGUCCUUCUGCUGUGACAACGGCAUCACCAUCCUGCGAGUUUCGGGGGUUCAGCGGCUCCAGCAGCUGCUGGGAGCCGUGGAUGCAAACAGGAAUCAGGAGGAGCGCGGAGACCUCCACUGCCUGCUGGUCACGAACCCUCAAGCAGAUCACUGCAGACUACAAGAGGUGGGAACCUACUGCCAAGAAAGCCGCCGCCUUGACCAGUGGGUCCCUGAACUGGUCCUUCAGGAACGCUGAAGGGCCCCGAUACCCCCCCAAAAAAAACAAACAGGAACUGUCUGAGUCCAGAUACCGAAGUAUCACGAUGCUCAAGCAGGAAUGUCC